AUGAAUAUUGCUGCCGCUGCUGCAGCUGAUCAAUGGCGGACGCUUGUUCGGCUUGAUCCGAUUGAUGAUAUUGACAACAUGAGUGAAGAAAAGAGAACCGUGGCAAUCUGCUUGGAAACAUACGACGGCAAGCUUCGUACCUAUCGAGGGUCCGCCACUUUUGACCGAUAUUCUGACAGCGCUAGCUACCGGUUCUUUUUGUCUGUGUGGAGAGUCAAGGAUGUGAAGAAGGCAAAUGGAGAUGUGGUUGUUGAAGAAAUGGGUGAUACGGUUGAGAGAUUCCCACUCCGUUUGACAACUCGCUUCUCGUGGUCGACUGAUGCCAACAAGGUGAAAGGUAAAGAAACAAGCGGACGCUGGAUCAAGCUCUCCUUCGAUCGAGACAAAGAAGCACAAACUCCUGAUAGCGUCAAACAAAUUGAUUUGAUCGUUCCCAAGUCCAAGUCUUCCGAUAAGGGAAAGCUUCUUCAGCUUGCUGUAGAAGCAGCCAAACACACCGUCGAAGCCCACAUUGCGAGCAGUAAAUUCGAAGCUGAAUUGGAACGGCAACAACGCUAUUGA